AUGGCAGGGGCGGGUGGAUGGCAGGGGCGGGUGUUGGCAGGGGCGGGUGGAUGGCAGGGGCGGGUGAUGGCAGGGGCGGGUGUUGGCAGGGGCUGGUGUGGCAGGAGUGGUUGGGCAGGGGCUGGUGGAUGGCAGGAGUGGUUGAUGGCAGGGGCGGGUGUUGGCAAGGGCUGGUGGAUGGCAGGAGUGGUUGAUGGCAGGGGCGGGUGGAUGGCAGGGGCGGGUGUUAGCAGGGCAAGCCCUAGUGUGGCACAGACUUCAGCCAGCCCUAGUGUGGCACAGACUUCAGCCAGCCCUAGUGUGGCACAGACUUCAGUCAGCCCUAGUGCAACACAGACUUCAGCAACUCUUAGUGUAGCACAGACUUCAGCCAGCCCUAGUGUAGCACAGACUUCAGCAAGCCCUAGUGUGGCACAGACUUCAGUCAGCCCUAGUGUAGCACAGACUUCAGUCAGCCCUAGUGUGGCACAGACUUCAACAAGCCCUAGUGUGGCACAGACUUCAACAAGCCCUAGUGUGGCACAGACUUCAACAAGCCCUAGUGUGGCACAGACUUCAACAAGCCCUAGUGUGGCACAGACCUUCAGCGAGCCAAAGUAUGACAGAACUCUAGCAACCACUUUACUGCUCUCUCCUCCCACAGUUUGUCAUUAUUACUUUACUAGCCUUCUAUAA